GGCGCGGCAAGUCACGCAGGAGCGCGGAAACCGCGACUCCGUUCCCGGUGCCGCGGGGAGGAAGAUGGAGACGCACACCUCGUGUCUGUUCCCCGAGCUGCUGGCCAUGAUCUUCGGCUACCUGGACGUGCGCGACAAGGGGCGCGCGGCGCAGGUGUGCACGGCCUGGCGGGACGCCGCCUACCACAAGUCGGUGUGGCGGGGGGUGGAGGCCAAGCUGCACCUGCGCCGGGCCAACCCGUCGCUGUUCCCCAGCCUGCAGGCCCGGGGCAUCCGCCGGGUGCAGAUCCUGAGCCUGCGCCGCAGCCUCAGCUACGUGAUCCAGGGCAUGGCCAACAUCGAGAGCCUCAACCUCAGCGGCUGCUACAACCUCACCGACAACGGGCUGGGCCACGCGUUCGUGCAGGAGAUCGGCUCGCUGCGCGCGCUCAACCUGAGUCUCUGCAAGCAGAUCACCGACAGCAGCCUGGGCCGCAUAGCCCAGUACCUCAAGGGCCUGGAGGUGCUGGAGCUGGGCGGCUGCAGCAACGUCACCAACACCGGCCUGCUGCUCAUCGCCUGGGGCCUGCAGCGCCUCAAGAGCCUGAACCUCCGCAGCUGCCGCCACCUCUCGGACGUGGGCAUCGGGCACCUGGCCGGCAUGACGCGCAGCGCGGCCGAGGGCUGCCUGGGCCUGGAGCAGCUCACGCUGCAGGACUGCCAGAAGCUCACGGACCUCUCCCUGAAGCACAUCUCCCGGGGGCUGGCGGGCCUGCGGCUCCUCAACCUCAGCUUCUGCGGGGGCAUCUCGGACGCGGGCCUGCUGCACCUGUCGCACAUGGGCAGCCUGCGCAGCCUCAACCUGCGCUCCUGCGACAACAUCAGUGACACGGGCAUCAUGCACCUGGCCAUGGGCAGCCUGCGCCUCUCGGGGCUGGACGUGUCUUUCUGUGACAAGGUGGGGGACCAGAGCCUGGCUUACAUCGCGCAGGGGCUGGACGGCCUCAAGUCCCUGUCCCUCUGCUCCUGCCACAUCAGCGACGACGGCAUCAACCGCAUGGUGCGGCAGAUGCACGGGCUGCGCACGCUCAACAUCGGCCAGUGCGUGCGCAUCACGGACAAGGGCCUGGAGCUGAUCGCCGAGCACCUGAGCCAGCUCACCGGCAUAGACCUGUACGGCUGCACCCGCAUCACCAAGCGCGGCCUGGAGCGCAUCACGCAGCUGCCCUGCCUCAAGGUGCUCAACCUGGGCCUCUGGCAGAUGACGGACAGUGAGAAGGUCAGAAUACUGCUUGCCGUAAGUCAGCCGCUCACCGAGGGGAGCCAGGACUCCAGUCCAGCUCCCUUCUGCUCCAGGAGAAGGCUCACUUACUGAUUGCACCUUGGCUUCCAGGAAGGCGACCUCACGGAAGCAAGUGGUGGCAGUCUGAACACCAUACGGACACGCUUAUGCCAAGGACAUCAUUUAAAAGGGAAUAAAAAUGGAUUCACCCUCACCAUACCUACAAGAAUGGAAGGAAAUGCUUCUGAGGAGUAGAAGCACUGAGAAUGUGCAUGGAUGCGCACUUUGCGGGAGGUGUGCACGUUAAAAGGCACUUGAGCGCAAAACCUGGUGCAGGGAUUUGCAGAAACGUCAGGACUGAAAAGCCCGAAAUGGGACUCGGCGUGGAUGUUCUCGUCUAGAAGCGGGAAACCUCGACAGGAGCCUCUGCGUGGUCGUUGAGAAAGGGCUCCCGGGCCUGCCGAAGUGUCACGGGCGAGAGCCCUGCGAGGUCGCCGUGAAGACGCUGAGCCUAAGUGCGCUGCGGCCUUCGGGCCGUUUCUGCAGCCCCCCACCCCCGGCCCCGGCGGGCCUCCAGCUGAGGGUGCUGGGCGUCGCUGUGCGAUUCUUCCCACAGGGGACAGCCUCCUGCACAGUCCCGCCCACUCCAUCCAGCCCAUGUUGGGCGGCCGUGCUGAGGAGCCGGCCUAACUUAACAACCUUACAUAGUGAAGAUUUGCGUCAACGACAAAGAUCUGGAAAAGCAAGUGUCCCUUUUGUUGCCAUUUCUUUUCAAAGGUGAGAGCUUCCUCUUGAACAGGGACGCAUGACGCACGUAGACUGAGGCACGCCAGCCCCCACCCAGGUGUUUCCUGCCGCGGUUGCUUAGAUCGCCGGCCUUGGAGUACAAGUCAACCCUUCACUUUUGACUGAGAGAACUUGAACCCAAGUUUUCAAAGGAGGAAGGGUGACCCCAGGGACCACGAUGUUUCCAAAGACUAGGACCCCCUUGAUUAAGAGAUCGGAUUUGUACAAUGAAACUGACACCUCAUGCCACUCCUGUCGGCCUCUGCCCCGUCCCUCUGCUCCAGGGCCCUGCUGGGGCGAAGGGGCCACAGUGAGUGACCGGGCGUCCCCUCUCUGCUGCCCUUUUCCCCUGCAUCAGACAUCACCCCCUUUAAACCAUGAAUUCUGGUCCUUUCAUAGAGGCAAGACCUGAACGUGUGCACUGUGUCCCCCGAGGAGUCGGCGUGAGGCUUCUGGUGAAAUAACGCACAGUCCUGGAGAUCGGAAGGCCUCGGCCAGCCCUCAGCUGACGCGGGGCCACGCCGUUCCGUCAGGUGCUUGUUCAGACCGCAGCAGCUAGUUACAUCUGUCGGGAAGCGAAUGUUGUCAGGGGAGACGCCGUGCUUGGGUCGGUGCCGACGAGGGACAAGUUAGAAGUGAGGUCAGUGCGCAGCUGGAGUUAAGAGCCCGCACGCAGGCCUCGGGCAGAACAGCGGGUGUUUCCAGACAACUGGUAACGUCAGGUUUCCGCGGUCGGUCAGUUUCAGCCUUUUCCUCUUUCCCAGGGGUCGCCCUGCCACCGCCUGGUGGGGCGGCCUGUCCCACCCAGAGCACCUGCACGUGUGCAAAACCAUGGCUUCCAGUGUCGGUUCCAGAGAAGGUCGGCCUGAGGUCAGCCCUCGAGGGCGCACGUCAGCAUGCCCCCAGCAAGACAGCAGAAGUGGGAUUCCCCUGCCCGCCCGGUGCUACCCAGAGAAGGGCGCACGUCCUCUUUGAAGACUAACACCUUCACGAUCUCAGUCGUCUUCCAUUUUGAUCCUGUAAAGGACAAAUGCCCCAGGCCCUUGUCCUCCGCUCUCACUGGUGAGCGGGGCAGCGUCCUGGCCAUUCAGGAGGGGCAUGACCAGCGAGCCGGGCGGGGACGUGGACAGGCUGGGCGGAAGUGCUGUCCCUUCCUCGGAAACCUGGUGGAUACGGGACAUUCAACUUUAUCAACAGGGAAGAGGCUGUGCCCCGGUGACGCGGGGGGUGGGUGUCGGAGCAGCUGCCCCAGACCUUACCCACCACCUGGGCUGGUCCCGAAGCUGGAGGGGCUGGGGGCCUGUCCCGGGGCCAACACCUGCCCCCGCUGCUGAAGGGAGCUGAGCAAGAGCACGUCGUUUUCAUUCGGAGUGAAAAACCCAAAUGUUGAGUUACUAUUUAACAAGCAUUACAGGUUUUUCAAGGAGCCACAGAGCUCGUGUGAGGAGCUGGUUAAUGGGCCUGGGGCCCAGGGUGGCCUGAAGGUAGGGUCCAAUCGUCUCCUGUUGUCCUCGGCACCAGAGCUAGUGCCUCAGCACCACUCUGUCACAGACGGUGACACUCAGUGCAGACCCACCCAUUGGUGCCUGCACGGCCUCCACCCUGAGACCCGCACGUCCAGAAACCACCAGGUGCCACCUCACGGGAACAUGGGCUGUUUUGUCUUCACUCAGUGGUAAAAUGUCUGGACUUCGCAGAUGUGUUAGGGACAAAUUCCUCUUGUCCAGAAAGAAUUAAAGGGCCUCGUGUGUCAUUUUACAUGACCUUGCCCUCCGCAGGGUCCUGCCUGUUCACAGUGACCCCGCAUGGAUCCGGGUCCGAGUCACUGGAAAUGGACUAUGGGGAACUAGUUGAGGCCAGAUUAAUUUUUCAUAAAUUGUGUGGAAUUACUCCAAAGGGCUUGCAAAGCAUAGUUCUUCCUCCUCUAAAAAGAUGAUGAAAGGAUUUACUACAAAGGUCUGUGAUGAGGUUCCUCCUUAGGAAAUCUUUACCCCAAACUCACAUCUUCAUGAAUGCACGUGUACACUUGUGUAGCAACAGCUACCAGCUUCCAUUCUGCUCUCUGGUUUCUAAAUGGGGAGGAACCCCCCAAAUUAGUCCUGAUAUUCCUUAGAAUCUUUAGUAAAUUGGACAGGUGGGCAAAGUAAAGGAGGAGUUGCCACAGUUAAACCCCUCAAAUUCCUAGCGUUCUUAGAUGGAAGAUGGCGUUUUGGAGAGCUGUGUUUCUCCUGCCAUGUUUAAACUGUAGCUUCAGCACUGAGAGCCCACUGCUAUAAGCUCCUACAAAAAAAAAGAAGAAGAAGAAGAAGAAAGCAAGAAAAGAAGGAAGAAA